UGUUCCAUCAUUUUGAGAGAUCAACAAAAUAAAUUACACGAUGUUGUCGCUUAGAAUCGGAGCUACUGCUCCAUGUGCAAUGGUCCUGUUCUGCUAUUUUUCUUUGUCCGAAUCCUUUACUUCCAAGUUUCGUACUCCUACACCAUUUGUCCAUCAAAUCCAGAAAGUGGAAAAUUCGGUGCGAUUCAUUCAAUGCAACGCCAAGAAAGGGCAUUCGGAAUUUUCCGUGGUCGAUGAGGAUGAUGAUGAUGGCGUCGAAGUGGAUUUUCGGCAACGAAAGCGCGGUGGGGGCGAUUUGCUAGUCAUAAACGAGGAUGCCAAGUCUAGGCAGCGGUCGGAAAUCGACGUUGGCAGCGACGACGCUUCUUCGGGUAGUGGCAAAAGUAGUCCCCUCGAAUACGCAGCGCUCCGACCCGGAACUGUAGUCCAGGUUCAGGUAGGAGACCUAUCCCUUGCGCGAAAGGCGUGGAAGAAGCGGCGGCGCACAGGGUCGCCCCUUUUGGUUCCUUGUAGUAUCCUAAACGUGGAUCGAAGGUCUGCUGUGCGGUGGAACUUGAUCUUUCUGUUGGAAAAGUUUGGGCAACCCGGUAGGGGCAAACGGGGAGGCAUAGUCAUGUCACUUAAGGACUUGGCCAGUUCCUAUCGCAAGUUUUUGAAGUCGUCGCUCGGACGGCAGGCCGCUGCUCUGGGAUUCGAUUCAAACCAAGCUAUGAUCGAGGAACUCUUCAAUAAGAAAAUUCAAGAAUCCUACGGAGUCUUUUUUGAUACAAAAGAAGAAGAAAGAGAGUACGAAGACGAGGACGGUAAUCUUGUAACCUCCACUGUUACUAUGUUGUACUUGACCGCGCCGAUAAGCCGUCUCAAGGCACAGCAGCGUGCAUCUAAUCCUGCCAUGCUUCAAUUUCGACCACCUCGAGAGGGGGAUUACGAUGGUGUCGAUGUUGCUGCUACCGCAGUAGGUGCUAGUGUCGACCAGGGCGUCCAUGUCGACGAUAUCGGCACUUUGACUCACACUGGAUGGAUCCGAUCAUUAAAAGAAACAAAAAGCAGCGGUUCGGGCGAGGGAGGAGAACAGAAAUUGAAUAGAGAAUACACAAACUUUCCUUUGUCCGCGUGCCUCCGUGUUUCCCAGAAAGAUGAUCUAGAUACCGGGCGUGUGCUCGAAGGAAAUAUCCUACCUGCUGUUGUUUUCGAUUUUGACAAAUUGGGAGAUGGAGGAUCGCCCCUGUUGACUCUUUCCUUGAACGCAGCUAGUGGAGGUCGACAAAGGUUAAAAAUCAAACCUGAUCGAAAAUACAAAAUUUUAAAGGACACUCCAAAGUACCAAUUCAAAGAGCUCAAGGUGGGCGAUGGUCCCUAUCGUGCCAAGGUGAUCAAAUUGAUUGGAAGAAGACAGAAAGCUCUUGUCGACCUCGGGGUAGGACGCGAGCUUUCUAGUGCGGGCGGAAAUGCCGUUCAAGUUCUUGGAACACUUCGAUAUAAAGACUCAGUUGAGUUGGUUGACGACGAAGCAGACUCUUUCGUUGGCUUUGAUGACGAAGAUGAAGAGAACAUCGAAGACUUGAUUGCAUCGUCCUUAGACGAGGUAGACGAUUAUGACGAAGAAGACAACUUGGCUGAAGACCUGUUGUCACUCAGGAAGGGAUCUUUUGAACCAGGUACUUUCGAAGAGGGUGAAAUUGAGGAAGAUAUCUCCGCACUGUAUGAAGUCGAUGAGAAUGGCCAACUGGUAUUCAAAGAUCCCGAAACAGGAGAAUUGAAAAUGGUUGAAGAUGUAGAGGAUGAUGCUGACGUGGACGGCGACAAUAUAGAGGAUAACAAUACAGGAGGAGGGAACGAUAUUUCUGAUGAAGAAAUGGCCAGCCUGUUCUCUGCAAAUGAAGAUGGAUCCAUAACGUACAAAGACCCCGAAACUGGUGAAACAAUGACAGUGAAGGAGGGUGACGAGGAAUAUGAUAACAUGAUGAUGAUGAAAUCUUUGAUCGACGAUGAUCUCGAUUAUGUGGGCAACCAAAAGACAAAGCCAUCAUCAGAACCAGCUGGCGGAGAGGAAUCUGCGAAUGAGAAACCCAAGUUCAGGUCGAAACGGCUGCAAGUUGGCGAGUAUGUCGAAGUUUACAUUUCCAACGUAUCAAAACAAUCAAACCAGUUCCAAGUGACGACAAACCCGCUAGUCAAAGGUCAAAAAGCAAAAGAUAUCAAGAAGGAAGCUGGUACGAAAAAGAAACUGGACCGCUUGAAGAAGAAUUUCGGCGGAAACUUGGACCGAAUUUAUGAGUUGAAAGGUACAGAAUGCGAAGGCAUUGUAAAGGCAGCAUCCAAGACGGGUGAUUGGUUGUAUGUACAACCAGGAAUAAAGGAUCUACCAGUCGGUGUCGCUGCGCUGAAUGGAGAUGGGUUGGCCGGUCUUUCAGCUGGUGACAACGUGCGAGUUCGAUUAUCGGGAAUAGACGAAGAGAGAGGUCAGUUGUCAAUGGAUGUCAUUGAUAGGCUUUAAAAUUAUAACGUAUCGAUCGUUGAAUAAUCUGUUUGCCAAUGUUUUGAAUAAGAUGCUGUUGCCAUUAGUUAGUAAAAGUUUCACUGCGUUCGAAUGAAACACUUCUCAUAACGAAACAAUUGCUGAAUAUCCUGGUAGCCAAAUUGCCAUAAAUUAGUAAAAGUUUCACUGCCCGCUAAUUAAAUACUCCUCAGUAGUUUUUCUGGUAUUGAUACCCUGUCGGAUUCCUCCUAGUACCAGCAUUGCUGCGAUAAGGCGAUUUGCGAUGAGAGCGUCUCGCUCCAGGCCCCCCCUGCCUGCGAGGAGCAUCAUCCCAAAAUUGACCGACUAAUAUGGUCAACAACAGUCCAACUAAGCCAAAGACUAGUGCCAAGAUACCCUGCCACGGCAGAGUUGCAGAUUCCUUAACAAUAAGCUUCUGACGCCGCCGUUUGAUGUAGCUUUCGACUUUAUUAAUAUUGGAUCGGAUUCUAAUCCUCGAUUGCGACAUUGAGAAUUGGCGAAAAUGUAAAGAAUAUAUGCCAUUAUCUUCUUCAUUCAGGAAUUGUUUGAUUUCGGAAAAAUCUGAAUCUGGCUGUGUUGCCCAAUUAACUUUGGUUUUAUCU